AUGAGCUUCGUUCCUCCGCCUCCGCCAGGUGUUGUGGUCCCGGCACCGCCGGCCGCCACACCCGCCCCCUCGGCCGCCUCAACCGCCGUAAAAGUCGUCAAGCCGGGAGGGGUAGCGUUGGACAUGUCCGACGUCUUCGGCCCUCCGAAGACGGGUGCGAAGAAGUCCCUGCCUCCGUGGGAGCUCAAGAAGAAGUCGCCGUCGCCCGGCGCUGCCAAGCACGCCUCGGACGACUCACUCAAUCCUCCUGCGGACGUCGCAGCAAGGAGCUCCUCCCCACCGGUGCCCGGACAGACGGUGUGGCCGUCCGCGAAAGUGGCGGGCAAGAUCGUCUUCAAGUCCACUGCCGAAAGAAGCUACCCCUCCCUCAGCUCCCUUCCCACGGCAGGAAGCGGGGCAGACGCGGCCAACGCACCGGCCGCUGCCACGCGCAAGUCGCUACCCAACGCCUUCUUCACCGCCUCCCCGAACCGCAGCUCUUCUCCCCCACUGGCGUCUGUACGGGCCAGCACCGUGCUGCCCGCAGCGACUGUCACGGCCGCGCCAGCCGCCUCGCUUCCCCACGUCACGUGGCUCUCCACAGCAGGGCCCGUGCCGGCCGGUGCGGAUGCGGUGGCUCAGUCGACGCUCGCCUCUGCUGCCGCCACGGGUGUCCCUCCGCAGCCGGGUGCGACCGCCACGCAGCCAUCACCUCCGCAGCCCAGCAGCGACCCGGCUGCCCGCGCCGCGUCUGCGCGCAUUGUCGAUGAAGCCGUUCGGGACAUCCGACUGCACCUUGCCACGCCAUCGCAUCCCGUGGUGGUGCCACACCUGUUGUUUCAAGGAAAGGAGCAGGUGGUGGUGGUGCCGCCGCUCGGGCCGGUGCCGCCAAAGAAGAAAAAUGAGAAGGCGGUAACGGCGAAGGGGAAAUCAUCUUCGGUUAGUUCGGCUACCACGGCAACCGCCCCUGGAACGUGGCAUAACGCGUACGAUCUGAGGCCCUCGCCGUCGUGCGACCCCGAGUAUCAUCGUUGCUACUCGUGCACGACGUGUGCGGCAGGAGGACGGUCGACAAAGCCUGCGUGGCGGCGGGGGUACUUUCAAAACGUGGACGUGCACCGCUACAUUGUUCGGCGCUACCUUGGGGAGCCGCCCCCGGUGGAGCACUAG